ACAUCGAUGGCAUCGAUAAGAGAAUCGAACGGAACACAACAAAUAUAGUCAAAAUUCGAAAGGAGAAAGAAUAGUUAAAUAUAGCACCGAUCUGAAUAAAAUGGAGAAGCUAAGCAAGGCGAAAAAGGUGGCGCGCGAGGAGAAGCAGCGCGACCAGAAGUUGGAGGAGCUGGUAAUGAAGUCCCUGGAUGAAUGCCCCUCCACCGAGGAAAAGGUGAAGUUACUGCUGCAACGCCAUGUGGACAGUGAAAAGAACGUGAGCCGGCUGACAUCGGAACUUCGCGUCCUGCAACGUCACAUGGAGUCGCAGCAAAGGGAGAAGGAGCAGGUGCAGAGGGAUCUCAACAAGAGUGUCCUGAUGAGGGACAAGCUGCAGGAGGUUUGCCGCGAACAGCAGCGCAUCAUUAAGUCCGUGAAAAACGAAAGCCUGCUGCAAAUCAAAGUCGAGGAGGAGCGCCGCAAGGAAAGCCAAAUGAAGUUCCAAAACUCACUGAACGACGUGCAGAAGUCUCUGGCUAAAAACAACGAGGAGAACAUCAAGCUGCGCGAUUACAACAUCGAGAUGACCAAGAAGUUAAAACUGCUGGCCGAGCAAUAUCAGACGCGGGAACAGCACCUGGAGAAGCUCAACGAGCAGGUGCAGCUGGAGGCCCAGUUGCACCAGGCCAAAUUGCAGAAAUGCCAAGUGGAGGCCGCCAUGGAGAAGGAGAUACUCGGCAAGGAAAACAAAAUUGGAUUAGAGAAGUUGUUGCAAGCGCAACGUGCCAUUAAGGAUCUCACCGACCGGGAGCACCAGCUAAAGGAGCAGCUGAACAUCUAUACCGCAAAGUACGAUGACUUCCAGCAGUCGCUGCAGAAGUCUAACGAGGUAUUCGGCAGCUACAAGGUGGAGCUGGAAAAGAUGUCGAAACACACGAAGAAGAUUGAGAAGGAGGCGCUCGGCUGGCGUCAGAAAUACGAGAAGGCCAAUGCCAUGGUGAUCGAUCUGGCCACCGAGAAGAACCUACAGGCGCAGCACUCGGAUCGCCUGCAAAAGCAGAUACAGCAAUUGCAGAAGUUACUGCGUGCUCUUCAGCUGGAGCGGACCACGUUGCACAAGUGCCUGCGGGACAACGAGAUCGAAAUUCCCGCCUUGCCGCAAUUGCCGCCAGAACCGGAGCCAGUCAAUGUGAAACCCGUCAGCGCGGAUAAUGUUAAAAUGGAGAUGAUGACACGCAAUUGCGCAGAACUGAAGCAGACACUGGCGAAUCUGCAAAGCCAAAUGAAGUUGCUAACGGCCAGCGAAUCCAAGACGGCAAUCGAGGAGAAGAACAAGGCCGAGGAGCAGAGGCAGGCGAACAACGCCAAGAAGAAUAUUCGCAAGAAGGAGAAGAAGUCCAAGGCAAAGGCUGCUGCAGCAGCGGCGGCAGCUGCAGCAGCGUCCACACCGGAUGAGGAAAUCGACGGGGACCAAGAAUUAGCUGACAAGGAUUCCAAUGCCGAACUGCAGGCAGCGGGCGAUGCCUCGAAUGUCAAAAACACCCAGGAGCAGACGAUUCAGACUAUGACAGAGUCCCAGGAGAUCGUGGGUGAUGGUGACUCUGCAUCCGCCAAACAGCCAAUGAACAUCUCCGAAGUGCCUGCCCUAAUCGAUGCCAAUGCAGACUAAACUGUCAACUCUCCGUCAGUACUCUACUCUCAUCCAAAUCACGGACGGCGUCGUUGCCUUCCCUUGAAAGCAUUUCGUGUCAUUCAUGUCUCAACCGAAAAUCGUCAUCAAUUACAAACCAACAUGGUCAGAAUUUUGUACUAGUUAUUUAUUGUACUUUGUAUAUUGUAUUUAUUUAAAGGAAUGUCCACGGUGAUCAUGUGUUACUGUUCAACAACAAAUUGAGUAAAACGUGUUUCAUGCAAACAAAUAA